AUGCCCACGCCGCAGAACACUCUCAAAGACGCCUCCGCCUCCUCUAGGAACUCCGCCAAGCAGAAGUCCGCCGAUGGCGACAUUUUCUCCACGCUCAUGACCUCUUUCAAAGAGAACGAGGCAUGGAAAGAGGCCUCCACCGCCGAAGAUCGCAACUUCCGCCCCACGAAGUCCAACGGAGGUCGUCGGAAGACACCGUUCUACAAGAUCAUGCAGGGCAUGCCCAUCGCGGUAGACGCGUUCCGAUACGGAGCCAUUCCCAACGUCAAGGCAUACUUCCUGACACAUGCGCAUUCCGACCAUUAUACCAACCUCUCCGCGAAGUGGGAUAACGGGCUCAUAUACUGCUCCGAAUGCACUGCGAACCUGAUUACCCACAUGCUCGGCGUCGAUCCGAAGUGGAUACGCCCCUUGGCAAUGAACUCUACGACAAUCAUUCCAGACACCGGAGGCGUUCAAGUUACGCUUAUUGAAGCGAACCACUGCCCGGGGUCAUGUCUGUUUCUUUUCGAAGGCAAGCAAACUGUGGAUGCAGGGGACAGUGCAUACAAGUCACAGUACAUCGGUUCACCCAAGGUGUUUCGAUACCUUCAUUGCGGUGAUUUCCGAGCGUGUCCGCAACAUGUCAUGCACCCAGCCGUCAAAGGAAAGCACAUCGACCACGUUUACCUAGAUACCACUUAUCUCGACCCAAAGUACUGCUUCCCACCUCAGCCUUUGGUCAUCUCUGCCUGUGCCGAGUUGUCAGCACGCCUCGUAAGAGGUGUGGGAGCAGAAGUACAACCCACCAAUGAUGGCAAACCUCGGACGAUGACGGGAUGGUUCACGAGGAUGGACAAGGGAGACAAAGGAAAGGAGAAGCAGACGGAUUUGUCACAGAGGACUCUGGUGGUCGUGGGCACCUACUCCAUCGGCAAGGAGCGGAUCGUCAAAGCCAUAGCGAAGGCCCUGGAAACGAAGAUUUACUGUGAUUCGCGCAAGGCCGCCAUUCUGCGCUGCGAGUCCGACCCAGACCUUGAAAGCAUGUUAACAACCGAUCCGAUGCGCGCCGGCGUCCACCUGGUCCCUCUCGCCGUCAUAGCAUCCGACCGACUCGAGCAGUACAUGGAGCGCUGGAAGGGGGUGUACACCAAAGUCAUCGGCUUCCGGCCCACGGGAUGGACAUUUUCCGCCCCCUCCGGCACUGACACUCUCCCUGCGAUCUCGACGGUGCUCGCACGUGCGCAGAGCCGCACGUUCACGCACGUGAAUCUGCAACCCCAGCGCAACUCAAGUGCAACUUUGCAAAUCUACGGGGUGCCGUACUCGGAGCACAGCUCGUUUUUCGAGCUCACCUGCUUCGCGCUCUCGCUUGACUGGGGCCGCAUGAUCGCGACGGUGAACGUGGGGAGCGAGUCGUCGCGGGGCAAGAUGGCAAAGUGGAUCGAGCGCUGGGAUGCUGAGCGGAAGAAGCGGGGCAAGGUUGAGGUCGUGCACUACAGGGCUCCCGAAUAUUGGUAG